GGUCGAACCCACCGCCACUUGCUUCUCCGCCUAUUAGACUUUUUCGUCCUCUUUUCUCUCUCAUUCAGUCCUUCAAUUCAUAGCAAAAAUGGUGAAAGGUACUCGACGCAAACAAAAAAAGCCUAACAAGAAGAAGGAAAUAUCAAUACGAAGGAGGAAGAAAUGUAGCAGUAUUGUCAUAAAGGAGGAAGGAAAUAGUAAUGAUCAAUUUAAUAAGCUAUCUGGUGAUGUGUUAACUUGUAUUUUUCUAAAAUGCGCGGUGAAAUUAUUAUCCAUCUCAAGGUGCGUAUCCAAGUCAUGGAAUGAAUGUAUUAUUAGUCCCCUGUUCGUACGUUCUCAUCAAAAACAACAGUUGAUGGAAAAUGCCCCUCAAUUUCUCUUUGUGGAAACAUUCCGUUAUUUGCGACGGUCAGGUAAGUUGAAACUACAGCUUGUUUCACUUGACAUGGAAGGAAGAAAUGAAGAUUUGUACACAAUCACCCACUAUCCUGAUAGACAAAUCCAUUCUAGCCGCUGGACUGUAAGCGCUGGUUUGGUUUGCCUUUCAACAGAUUGUCGUAUUUAUUUGUGCAAUCCCGCCAUCCAUCAAUUACGUGAAUUGCCCGACUGUUCACCUUCUGCUAUCCCUGGAUAUGAACAUUUUGGUUUUGGAUAUCUUCACUCAAAGAAGGAAUACAAAGUGGUGCGUUUUUUCUAUAUGGGUCCCCCCGGUACUCUUCCUGUUGAUGUUGUCCUUGCGCAGCUAAGAUGUGAAGUUUUUACUCUAAAUAGUGGGGGUAUUUUGAAUAGUAGAUGGAAAGAAAUCGUGGAGCAACCUCCAUAUCAUCCGGUUUUUCCCGGGGUGUUAGUUAAUGAAUGUAUGUAUUGGUUGGCAAAGGAUAAAGUAGUUUACUAUGGCCAACCUCGAGUUAUGUCAUUUGACUUUGAAAAUGAAAAAUUUAUAUCUAUAUGUUGCCCAUCAGCUAUUGAUAACUUUCGGAGCUUGAAUUUGAUGGAUUUGAAAGGGACGGUCUGCCUACCAGACUAUGAUAACUUUCUCAAGAGUUCAAUUCUAGACUUGUGGAUACUGAAAGAUAAGGUAAGUUGCAGUUGGGCGAAGGAGUAUAGUAUCAAUUUGGGGAUAAGGUUCGACCCUGAGAAAUUAGGUUGUUUUUACAGCUCAUGGAAUGAAGAAAUAAUAUUCCGUCAACAAUUGGGGGUGAUGAUGGUCGUCAUCUUCUAUGACUUAAAAACAAAAUGCUUUAGACAAGUCGAAAGACAAACACAUGGGACAGGACUGUUUCGUAUAUACUGGAAAACUUUGUUCUCUUUAGAUUCUUAA